AUGGCAUCUACGAAGAAGACCCUCCACACGAAGAGGGCGGAGCGGGACCAGCUCGCCCGCGAGCACGAUAAGGCGGAGACAGCGGCAUCAGCAGCGCUAGAGUCCCUCGGAAAAAGAGUGACGCAGGCCGAGGUGGACGCGUUUGACUCCCUGGUGGGAUUCAAGGAAGCCUGCGCCGACACUCCCUGCGACUGUUCGCGGUUGAAGACCCUCUGGGCCGUCUGCGACGUCAUCGACGAGCUGAUGGACGAGCCCUCCCCGCAGAGCAAGCGUGCGGGUCGCAGGAGGACCAAGCGGACGAGGUCCUCCCACUGAGGACGAUACAAGUACACAACAGUGCUUGGAC